UAAAUCUUACAAUGUGAAUUCAGUUUUGCUCCGCUGUUUCAAUUGAGAUGACGCCUUCGAUCGUUCUGCUGACUUUUUUAGUAAUCCUAAGCCUCGGAUCUUAUGGAUAUUCGCAGCUAUUGGAUUCAAAAUGCAUUGCAACGCACCGAAUGAGAAUAAUUGGUGGUCAGGAUGCUCAAAGGACUCCAUGGAUGGCUUACUUGAUACGAGAUAACAAUUUCGCAUGUGGCGGCUCACUGAUUGCCCACCGCUUUGUUCUAACCGCCGCUCAUUGCACGGAAGUCAACGACAACUUAUUUGUUAGAUUGGGUGAAUACGAUUCUUCGAGGACAACGGAUGGCCCGACUAGACUCUACAGAGUUGUUUCAAUAUAUCUGCAUGAGAACUACAAAGAUUUUCGGAAUCAUGAUAUUGCUGUGCUCAAACUGAGUCGGAAAGUCGUCUACGAUGCUUAUAUCCGACCAAUUUGCAUUUUUUUAAAUUCCGGCUAUCAGGCCUUUGCAAACAGCAUGCAGGACUUUAUUUUAACUGGCUGGGGUCUGAUGGCCCACAACAAGAUGCCCACUACACUGCAGAAAAUGACCCUGCGUCGCGUUAGUAAUGAACAUUGUGGUCUCCAGGUCUUAACAUAUGUUGCUGGAAUCCCAUGCAGUACGCCUGCUUCGGAGAUUCGGGUAGUCCAUUGGUGUCAAGUGUGAAAUACGGACAAAGUACCAUAUAUGUUCAGUUUGGGGUCGCCAGCUUCGUUACCGGAGAAUGCGAUGGCUACAGCUCAUAUUUGGAUCUCACGAGCCAUAUGUCUUGGCUUUCCCAAACCUUGUCAAGAA